AUGAGGUCCUCGGAACCACCAGACCGGAACGGCUUUGUGCCCCGGGUCGCUCGCAGCCGCAGGAGAAGGGAUGAUCGCAAUCCAUUUGACUCACAGGAGUUUGACGACACGUAUGCUCAGCAGCCUCCGACAGCCCAGACGUCGGAAGCAUCGAGAGACCGCACCGGUGAUAACGGUCCUUCACUUCAGCCUCAACCUCAGCCUCCAUUCACGCAGCAGGCUUCACCGGACGUCUAUGAUGACGACGAAGAUGAAGAUGACUACGUUGACCCGGUCGAUGUCAUGCGCAACGAGCAGUAUACCAUGAUUAAUGAGAUGAUCGACGGCCUUCUUCCUCUCUAUGCCGAGGAUCAUGCUAUACAGAACAUGGACCCCGAGUUUGUAGCUACAAACUGGGAGGAACGUAUCUGGAAAUCUUCGGCCAAAGACGAUGACUUCGCAGACUACAAGCGCCGGAUUCAUGAAGAGCUCCAACGCGGUGACGAUUACGAGAAGGACGCAAGACUGCACGUGAAAAACAGGGUGGUCCCUGCAGUAGUCGAUACAUUGCUCUACAACGCCAUGCUCUACUACUUGAAAGAAGGGCGAAUGAAGAUUCAGAUGCGUUCUGCACCCCGACGCAGGCCAGCUGUCAACACGAGCGAGUAUCUGCCAAACUUUACGCCUGACCCCGAGGGAGAUCGCCUUAGCGCGUUGGCAGUGAUGAACAAACUCAAGAACGACGCGCUCAACGCCGACAACCCAAAUCGACAGUUGUCCCGUGUCGACAAGGAGCGACGUCAGUACCGUCAGGCUUUCCAGAGACAAAUCCAGGACCUUGUUGCACUUCUCAGCGCCGACGAUCCAUUGAAGAAUGUACACAUCGUGGACCUCGCAGCUGCCAUGGAAGACAAUCUGUGGGACAAUCAUGGUGGCUCUGAGGAUGCCGACAAGUAUACAAAGGAAGCCGCCGAUUGGGAGCAAGUCAUGCUCGACUGGGAAACGUACUGGGAAAGCGACGAAGGUGAUGUGAUCAACGGCACGACAGGCCAUGACUCCUUUGAGGGCUGUGUUCGCGUGGAAUACGAAGGCAGGUACAUUCAAUCCGUGGCUGAUUCGGGCAAUCAGUCCGGUAUUGAUCUUGACGACGAGCUCGCUGCUCUCGGCGGUUGGGACAGCGAUGAUGUCGCGGAAGCUUCCAAUGACGCCGAGGAUGAGUCUGACGAUGACGGCUUCUACAUCUACACAGGCGACAACGACGACAACCGUCGUCCAAACCAGCCAGCUUACCCUGAUGCAGUCGACUACACCUACGCGGAUGGGCCCUUGUUCCAAGACAUUGACUCGAGCGCUUCGCCAACAGUUCAGGAGCAGGGCACCGAAGAGCAUAUCGACGUUCGUUCUGGCCACCAUCAAGACCAGGAAGCCGCCCAAGGCUCGGGGUCGCCAUCAGUACCUCUCGAGAAGGCUGGUGAGCAUGCAGCGCCUGCUGGCCAAACCAACGGUGAUGAUUCCAGCGGUACGACACCAGUCGAUCCCACUCUAGUUCAGCUUCAACCCGCGCCAGCCCCACUGCACCUUCCGGGCAUCUCAUACGGUGAUAGCACCGAGAGUACUAUCUCACAGCCACAGACAUCCUCGACUCAGCCUGGCGUCGCACAAGAAGCCAGGACCACUGGCGAAAAUACCGAGAUGGAGUUUGAGAGUACUCCUGCUGAUGCGACAGUGCAUGUGCCACACACCAGCCAAGCUGCACAGCCAAUAUCGCCCAUGCAGUCCACGCAGUCUUCGGUCCAGCCUAUGCAGUCAAUACAGACUCUGGUUCCAUCCAUUCAGAAUGUGUCUUCAGAAGACAUUGACAUGACCAAUGCCCCGCAUGUACCACAGCCAAUGCAGCAAGCGCUGGUUUCGGGCCAGUUCGCCCAGAGUGUGACCUCCAAGGACGUUGAAAUGGCCGAUGACGCCCCAGACGCUCAAGUCCAGCAGUCUAAGGCUAUUGACAACUUACAUCCCACCGCUGCUAUUUUCCCGGCAUUGGGACAAAAAAAGGUGUUUGAUCCUUCGAUAGACAACCCAUUCAUGCCAGCUGGCUACAAGGAGUCUCUGCAGGAAGCUGCCACAACUUUUAACCAAAAUGUGAAAAUGCCACCUACUGCGACAUCGAGGCUAUUCGCUGCAGCUCUUGGAAACAGACAGACUACUGUUCCUCUCACUAUCGAUCAAACCCCAACGCAGCAGUCACAGCCCGGUCUACCGUUUACUCCUAUCUUGAGCCAGCCUCUCCAGGGUAGCGACAGUGGCCAGGCCCCGAGCUUGUCUAUGCCUUCUUUUACCCUGGAUUCUGCAGCCCUGAGCAGCAUGAGUACCAUUCUCGCGGGUAUCCCGAACCCUCCUGCUGCUUCGCCAUUGCUCCAGCCACCCGCAAGCAUUGGUAACCUUUCGCUCACGACCCAGCCACAGGCAGUUCCAGACAUUAUGGCAUCGCUCGAGACUCUUGCAGACAUGCCAAGCUCUGGAGAAGCUGCCACACAGCCGCCUGCUCAGCCCAAGACCGGAUAUGCCCCACUUCCAUCCUUCGGCAGUGGGCUUGUUUCUAUCCCCAGCAUGCCUCGUGACCGCACCCAGUCAUACUCGGGUCAGGUGAACCCAGAAGACGCCUUUAAGCAGCCUGACUUCGCUGCAGCAGCCAAUGAUAAUCCGCAUUCAGCUUUUUUCGGUUCCAUUGGCGGCGGUGCUCAUGUGAAUAAACCAACUGCCGCGCCUUUCCAAUGGACCAUGUCGAUGCCGAGGCGCUCUACGCCCUUGCAGCCUAAGUUGAAUGAGAAUGCUGGAAACGGUACGAAGGCACCACUCUUCCAACUGAAUAAGGAGGAGAAGAAGGCGUCCUUCGGCAUCUUUCCUUCGGUGCAGAAGGAGACGAAGCCUCCUUUCAGUUUCUUCCCUCUGGUGGAGAAGGAUGCUAAGCCUGCAGCACCUCCUCUCUUCAAUACCACAGGAAUAAGUUUCGGUAUGCUUGAGAGUCCGAAGACCGCAGAGCAGCCAAAGAUCAAUAUCGAAUUCGCAGACACGGGCGAUUUGAUUAAGACGCCUGCUGUGCUUCAAGCCUCUGAUGAGGUGCCAGAAGAAGCCCUCACGACCACCGAGGUUCAGCAGCCUCAAGUGUCUGCCGGCUCUGCGGAAUCUCCAACUGCAGACUUACCCGCCGCAGUAUCUGACGAGGCCUCGGAAGUCGUGUCGGUUGCUCCGGUUGAAGAGCCUUUGGCUGAGGCUGAGAAGCCGAAGAUCUCGGCGGAGUUCAGCUACAAGCCUGUCGGACGCGGUGCGCAGAUGGCCUCAAAGUUCAAGUCAACGCUCUUCGAUGCUUCUGCGUGGGGUGCUGGAGAUGUUCAAUUCUUUGGUGCCGCGCCUUCGGAGCCGGUAGAGGCCAUUGAGGACGGCGAGACCUCGCCAUCGUCGCCAGAAUUUGCGGAUGAGGAGCCUGUGCAGCGCAACGAAGAAGCCCUGGUGGCCUCGUCCACUUCUGCGUCUAACGCUGAGGUCGAGGACGUAGACGCCAGGCUUGGGGACGGCGGUGAGACUGUCGCCCACGAUCAGUCUGCUAACGAGUACGCCGAGAUCGCUCCUGAUGAUGCUGCAGCUGAGGUUAACGAGCCACUUCCAGACGUUGCGGGAGAUGCGCCGAGUGAACCUCCAAACCCUCCUUCAGAGGAGGUGUCAAUCACUGCAGAUAGUCAGGAUGACCGAUCAUCCCCAAUUUCCACCCCCUCGAGUCGUCGCAGUGAAGAGUACAAAGUCUUGGUUGCACGUAUUUCAUCAUUCGAAGCCACCGCCGAUGGCCUAGAUGAGAAGGCCAAAGAUCUCAGUGCUCAGGCCACUGCGCUAAGGGUAGAAGCGGGCGAAAUCAAACUGUGCGUGGCAAACUUUGCGCAAUCCGAGACAAAUUCUGCCGUACAAGAGCCGGCGCAGACCUCCAAGAUUGCUACAGAGCACGAGGAGAAGGAGGCUACAGUCAUGACUGAAGCGGUUGAUGUCGAAGAGAUUCUGAAACAGCCACAAGAACCCACUUCAGUCGAAGAUCACGCGCCCCCAACUUCUCUCACAAAGCAGAACUUCAAAGAUGCCUUGGUAUUCGGCGUCGACAUUAUCAACAACAAGAUCCUUCCCCAGGGCAUUAAAGCCCCUGGUGUGAAGCUAUCUGUUGAGUCGGCGCUAGAGCCACCUUCCGACAAGCCCUCCUCUGGCGUCGACGUCUCCAACAACAUGAUCCUUCCCCAGGGCAUUAAAGUCCCUGGUGCGAACCCAUCUGUUGUGUUGGCGCCAGAGCCAUCUUCCGACAUCAUCAACACGAUCCUUCCCCAGGGCAUUAAAGCCCCUGGUGUGAACGCAUCGCAAGAUGAGGACAUUUUCCGACGCGGUCGGAAGCGUGUUGCGAUACCCGUGUUCGACGACUUGCCUUUACAGAAGCAGGCUCCACUCCUACCACUGUCACUGGAGAACACGCCCAAGCUACUUCUCAAGAGCUUCCUCAAAGACAUGGACACACAGGAGGCGGAGUCACUUGAGCUCCAGCUUUCUGGUAGCCUGGGUGAGGUAAUACGCAUCUUCGCUGCAAACUCGAUCAACCUCAACUUGCAAGUCGCCGAGCUUGCGGAACUGCGACUUUACCAGGAAGAAGGCUGCCAGUUCGCGAGCAGACUCGUCAAGAUUAGGCUCGCGUACCACAAGGCGUCCAACAAGAGCACUGCGUGGGACCGCAUGAUCACGGAUAGCCUUCCUGAAUCUUUCCACGAGGUUGCUGAGGGUCUCAAGACCGAAUGCCGUACCCUUCUUCGCUUCAACUGCCUCGCUACGCUAAAGACCCUCGAGGACAUCGCCAACAAGUGGCGCCCAAUUCUUACCCUCGCGAAGAUGUACAAGCGCCUCGUCAAGGUCAACGCAGACGUCGGAGAAAUCCUGCCUCGCUGGCGCUGGGCUACUUCCUCGGCGGAGAAGGACCGCCUUGGUGACAUUCUGAACGAGAAGCUGCCUUACGCCCUCGAUGCGUACCAGAAGUUCUACGAGUCUGCGCGCAAGCUUGAGCAGCGAGCUCCUGAGCUUUUCACCUUCACUACGCUGCUCGGUGCGGAUAUCUGCAAGGCGCUCGUGGACAACCGCCUCGAGUUCACCAAGUGGCACAGCGAGCUUAACAUGAACAUGCCCGAGCUCUCGAUUGACAUCUACGACGAUAUCGAGCUCUAG